GGCUGCCAGUAUAAGGCAGGGGCGCCACUGUCCCAGCUAAAGUGCUGAAGCUGGCGCCCCAGCCGGGACCGGGAGGCCGCCGGCACUGAACUUGAAAUUCAGGACCCAGAGUGACUGGAGAAGGAAGGAAAGGAGCACUUCUUGCCACUGCUCCCAGCCCUAGCCUCGGAGGAUGCGGCUCCUCGGGAAACUGCGCGCCUCCGCUCCGGAGCCCGCUUUCUCCAACGUGCUCACCCCGGCCCGCAUCCCCGAGUUCUGCAUCCCGCCGCGGCUGCCCGCGCCCUGCGUACCCGAAUCUCCGCCUCCGGCCGCGGCUCUGCCCCGGCGCUGCGCCGCCGAGCCGGACCUGUGGCCCCGAGGAGCCGACGAUGCCGCCGGGCACACGGACUGGGACCCGCGCUCGCAGGCCGCGCUCUCGCUGCCGCACCUGCCGCGCGCGCGCACCGCCUACGGCUUCUGCGCGCUGCUCGAGAGCCCGCACACUCGCCGCAAGGAGUCGCUCUUCCUCGGGGGCCCCGGGGCCGCCCCGCUCCUGCCCCCGGGCGCAGCCCCCGCCCCCGCCCCCGCGCUCCCCGCCGGCGCCCGCCCGACCUCGGACGCGCCCGCCCCGCCGCCCGGCGCCCGCCGCCUCCUGCGCGCCCCCGAAGGACUGCUGAGCCGCGCGCUGCGGGCCCGGAGGAGCCGCGGCCUGGCGCGCGCCCGCGGCGCGUCCAGCGGGGACGAGGACGAGGACGAGCAGCGCGGCGCCGGCUCGCGGCCCCCGGCCCGGGCCCCCUCCGCGUCCCCGCCGCCGCCGCCGCCGCCGCCGCCUGGCUCCGACCCGGGGCCCGAGUGCCUGGAGGCCGAGGGCACCGUGGCCCUGGGCGGCGCCGGGGGCGCCCUGCGCCUGGCCGCCCAGUACAGUCGGGCCAGCGGGCGGCUCCGCGUCCGGCUGCUGGGCGCCCAGGGCCUGGCCGCGGGAGCCGCCGAGCCCCGCGCCGUCGGCUGCCGCGUCAGCUUCGUCCUGCGGCCGCCGGGCAAGACGCGGCCGCAGCGCAGCGCCGUGGUGCGGCCGAGCCGCAAGGCCGCCUUCGACCAGGACGUGUGCCUGGACGGGCUGUCGGAGGACCAGGUGCGCCGCCUGGCCGUGCGCGUCACGGCGGAGAAGCGGGGCCGCGGCCGGGAGCGGGGCCGCCUGCUGGGCCAGGGCGAGCUGCUGCUGGGCUCCCUGCUGCUCCCCUGAGGGCGCCCGGGCCUCGGGCCGCCCGUGCCCUCGGGGCGCUCUCCGCCCGCUGGGAACCCGGGCACGGCCAGCCGCUCCGUACAAAACAAAUGCUAUUUAUUCAUUUUUCUAUUUAUGAUCUUGCUUUAUUGAAAGUUUAGUUUUUAGAUGUCUGUUUUUGCCAUUACUGGUAGUGAAGGGAGAAAAUGAAGUUCUGUAUUUCCAACACCCAAUCCUUUUUUCCAGACCAUUUUUUUUUUACAUUCAAAGGCAAAAAGGGUUGGCUUGUGGCUGGAAGGGAGAAAAAGGAACUACACCCAAUCUGCCUUGAUUAUCCUCCCUGCUUUAUGUCAACGCUAAAGGUUUAUUAUUUUUUAAGUUAUUCCUUCGGAAUCCUGCCCAGUGCUAAGAUUCGCAUAUGCAGCUUCACAUAUUUGAUGUGGCAUAGGUCAUAUUCUCAUUCAUGCACACCCAUCAGAGCCGGACAUUCUGUAAUAAGGAUAUCUUGGUGGGAAAAGAAUUUCUUUCUCAUUAAGAAAACAGGAUUCUUUUGAAAGUGAAGUCGUAAAAAAAAAUGCUAAAGAAAAGUAAAACAGGGCGCCUGGGUGGCUCAGUUGGUUAAGCGACUGCCUUCGGCUCAGGUCAUGAUCCUGGAGUCCCGGGAUCGAGUCCUGCAUCGGGCUCCCUGCUCAGCAGGGAGUCUGCUUCUCCCUCUCCCGCUCCCCCCUCUUGUGCUCUUUCUCUCUCCCACUCUCUCUCUC